AUGUCUGAACAAGUGAUUACAUCCUUUUUGGACACUGACAUGUACAAGCUGACAAUGCAUGCUGCUGUCUUUUUGCAUUUUCCAGAUGCUAAAGUUACCUAUAAGUACACCAACAGAUCUAGUCAAUUAUCAUUUAAUGAGGCUGCCAUCGAUUGGUUGAAAACCCAAAUUAAUUUGCUAGGCAAUAUUAGAUUCACUCCAGAUGAAAUUACUUAUUUACAAAAAGAGAUUCCAUACCUUCCAAAGACUUACAUCGACUUCAUUAGUAAUUCUGGAUUUAAAUUGAAACCAGAAGAACAUAUUACAUUUAAGACAGAAGCCUUUGAGCAAAAUGGUGAAACCAGGUACAAUAUCGAUUUAUUCAUCAGUGGUCUCUGGACGGACACUAUCCUAUACGAAAUCCCAUUAUUAGCAUUAGUAUCUGAGGCUUAUUUCAAAUUCAUCGAUACAGACUGGAAUUAUGAAGGACAAGUUGAAAAAGCUAAACAAAAGGCUCUAACUUUAAUGGAGAACGGUCUAAAAUUCAGUGAAUUUGGAACUAGACGUCGUAGAUCUUAUCAUACACAACAACUAGUGCUUCAAGGUAUUAUGGAGGCUGUUGCCACAAAUAAAGACAAAUAUGAAAAUAUCCUUCUGGGUUCUUCCAACGUUCUCUUUGCGAAGAAUUUCAAUAUUAAACCAAUUGGUACCGUUGCACAUGAAUGGAUCAUGGGUAUUGCAGCCUUAACUGACGAUUAUAUCAAUGCUAAUAAGAACUCAAUGAAAUAUUGGGUUGAUACAUUUGGUCCUCAACAUGCAGGUCUUGCCCUAACUGAUACUUUUGGUACUGACGAUUUCUUAAAGUCUUUCUUACCACCUUACUCAGAUUGUUAUAUUGGUGUCAGACAGGAUUCUGGUGAUCCAGCUAAGUAUACUGAAAAGAUCGCACAUCAUUAUCACGACGUGUUGAAAGUACCUAAAUUCUCUAAAGUUUUGUGUUAUUCCGAUUCUUUGAAUGUCGAGAAGGCUAUUACAUACGGUAAAGUUGCCAAGGAAAACGGAAUGAUUGCUACUUUUGGUAUUGGUACAAAUUUCACUAAUGAUUUCCAAUUAAAAUCAAAUUACGAAAUAAAGAGUGAACCAUUGAAUAUCGUGAUAAAGUUGCUGAAUGUUAAUGGUAACCAUGCUAUCAAAAUUUCUGAUAAUCUAGGGAAAAAUAUGGGUGAUCCUGCCACUGUGAAAAGAGUUAAGGAGGAACUGGGUUACGUAGAACGCAAAUGGAGUGGUGAUAACGAAGCUCACCGUUGGAGCGCUUAA